CAGUGAGCAUUGAGCAGUGGCACGCUGCAGGUGUGAUACUCUAAGCUAAUGUCCUUGCUUUCUUAUGUCUGCAUUCAUCUUCCGUCUCAGAUUCCCUCCCUUCCUCUGUGCUGGGAUUGUGGUGCUCCGGAGUGAGCAGAAAUCUAUUUCCGUCCCUGUGUAUAUUUCUCUCCGGCUGCUGCCAUUGCCAGCAGCGUGUUGUCACGGUGAUGGACAUCAGCCCUCAGCCAAUCAACACACACGUGUUAAUGCCAAGAAACAUGAUCAUUUUCCACUUACUUCCCACUGCUCAUGUGAGUAAGAGGAUUGUAGCAGUGCCUAACAGAAAGAAGUCAGUGUAAAAUAGGACUCUUGGCAGUCAUACACUGAGGAUGGGAACCUGACCUGAGGGAGCUAAUUGGGUUUGAAUGAGGAGAUCUGGCCAGGUGAUGUACAGCAAUACGGGAAGCAGGAAUUAUGAGAACAUCUGCAUUUGACUGGAGACAUUGGACAAGGCUGAAUUUGGACUCCAGCCGUGUACUUGUUGUACUUGUAGUUUUGGUCAAUUCUCUAAUGGAGGAAUUCCUGACCUUACAGUUUGAGACAACCUUCGCAUCAAUCACAAACCUCAGAAAGACACAGAGAUGGUGCUGGCACACUGCCUUCAGAAACACUCUACUCAGGGCAUGACAAUUUGGAUGUGGUGCCCAGGCCUAAAUGUAUAUAGAGAUGGAGACCAUUUUUAAACAACUUGACUGAACUAUGCUCUUGAACAAAUGGAAAGGAUUAUUUCAUCAUUUUUGAAUAUGAUGCUGGUGGACUGACUGCUGUACAAUCAUAGGGGGCUGUUUAAAGCACUGAAGGAUUAAACUUCCAAGUUAAGUGAGAAACUUUAAUCGAAGCAAGAAGAUGUUCGUUGUCACAAAACCAAGGGCAAUGUAGCAACUGGAGUUAGCAAAUCCUUAUAAUGGAGGCUACAAAAACCUCAGGUGAAGCGGUACGUUCCAAACAGAUUAUCAGUUUAAAAGAUGACGAAAAAUACUUGCCAUCCGAGAUGACCCAAAGAGGCCAAUCCUCUGGCUCAGAGGACAAAAUAAGAUUUGUGGAGCAAACCCAGACCCCAGCUGUAAGUCCAUCUUCUGGUAUGGAGUCACAGGUCCUUGCUUCAGAAAAUAUUCUUACCUCAAAAUCUAAAGAACAGUGUCACAUCCAGCUCAGGAGGAAGAACGUUCCUCUCCCAAACAAACGAUAUCUUCAGUCGGAAUAUGAGCUGCUGUCAGAGGGCCUUCACAAAAAGGAGCAGAAGUCUGUUAAGACUGGGAAGUAUGUAUGCCAGUAUUGUGGGAGAGCUUGUGCCAAACCCAGCGUACUAAAGAAGCACAUCCGAUCUCAUACUGGCGAACGACCGUAUCCGUGCAUUCCUUGCGGUUUCUCAUUUAAAACUAAGAGCAACCUCUACAAACACAGAAAAUCUCACACCCAUGCAGUGAAAGCAGGAUUGGUUUCAUUUUCAGAACAAGACAGCAAGCAUAUGGAUGAGGAGUUAACUGUGGCAGAGGGCGAGAUGCGUUUUGAUGCUGAGCAGAGCAGUGACACCGAUGAAGAAGUUGUGGAGGACUCGUCCUUGGAUACAACAAGCCAUAUCAAAGACACAGAGGGUUUUGUGCAUGAAAAAGGAGGGAAACAGGCAAAAAGGGAAACCAUGUGCUCUGCUCAGACUUCAGUCAAAAAGGAAACAGGGUCAUCAGGAAAGGUAUCUUUAUGGCAGUUCCGGGAAAUGUCGGCACCUGCGGCAAUUGCUCAGGUGGACCAAAUGAUUGAAUUCUCCUCCAUCAAGCAAAGACUUGCACUUCGGCUUUCGGAGAAGAAAAGUCAAGACUCUGAUCAGUCUCUUUCCCUGCCCAGUUCAUACAGUAAAGGCAGCACUGAUUCAGGAUACUUCUCACGUUCUGAAAGUGCAGAGCAACAGUUCAACCAGUCGAGCGUGAAUGCCAAAUCGUAUCAAGAAAUUAUGUUUGGGAAAUGUUAUAGACCAACGACCAGGCCAAAGCAAUCAAUCACUGUACAAACUUGCAUGACAGACAUAAAUGAAGCCACAUCUAGCUUCAUGAUUACAUUGAACAAAGGCAUGAUCCCUGGUGACACAGACUCCUCCAUUCACAGAAGCAAAAAAGACCUAGUUCGAUCAAUAAAAAUUGAUUCAGAGUCCUUCCAAGAGGAAGAUUACCAAGAAUGUCAAAACCCUAGCUCUGACUUUCCGGAAAUGGCAUCAGACAGUAGUGUAUUCUUGCGCAGUAAUUCUCUUCCAACAUCAUCUAAUUCGAAUCUAAAUGCACCAGAAGGGCUAAGAAGCAGUAAUUCAUUUGAUGAAAGAUUGACAGGUGCUGAUGUCACCUACAGGGGUGCAAUGGGUAUGAGAAGACUAAUGCGGCAAGCUGCGUUUGAGCACUCUGCUAACGAAGGACAUGCAGAAUCAGACUGCUACGCUCAUCUGGCUUGUAGCUUAAAAUCAGACUUGAAAAUUCACAGCAUAGAUGAUUCCAAAAUGGGUGCAGAAAACUGUCAAGAAGCUGAUCAGUGUUCCAUAUCUCCAUGCUACUUAUCUGAAAAUUCUACAAGGAAACGAAGAAAAGACAAAAAUGUCAUGGAGGAAGAAGACUUUCAUAUCCAAGUCAAGCCUUCUGGACACUCAGAGGAACCUGAAACAAAGCAAACUACUUUAGACACUGCCUUUUCUGACACUGAGAGAAGGGCUGGCAGUAAUGUUAUCUCUGUCAUUCAGCACACAAAUUCAUUAAACAGACUAAACUCGUCAGAAAAGUCAAGUGAUACUAGAUCACAUCCCUUAGACAAGAUUGGCACUUACAAAUACAUGGAAAAGGAACAUAGCAUGGAGGUUCACAGAACAGAAGGAGUAGACUGGCAAUGGGGAAGCAGCGGUUUUCUACACCAGAAACUUUACAUGCCUAAACAGCCACCAUCUCAGCCCAGUAUCCAAGUUCCAGAGAUUAGAGUAACUGUGGAGCCUGACAGACCGGAAAAAGUUCCGGAUGUAGGGGUCAAGCAGAAGGAAAAACACACUGAAGAGUUCCAGUGGCCACAGAGGAGUGAAACCCUGUCACAGUUUCCAAUGGAAAAGCUACCACCCAAAAAGAAACGCUUGAGAUUAGCAGAAUUGGAAUGUUCUUCUGGAGAAUCUAGUUUUGAAUCUGCUUGCACAAGUCUCUCCAGAAGCCCGAGUCAAGAUAGCAAUUUAUCCCACAGCUCAAGUUUUUCCCAGUCCCUUGACAGAGAGGAGACCCUUAACCUUGUGUCCCAAGCCAACCCAGAUGAGUUUAAUAAGCCUUUGGAGUUCUUAUCUGUGCCAGGUAGUUCACAAAGUCAUCACAGAGAGAUGAGACGUUCUGCUUCAGAGCAGUCACCCUAUAAAUUACUCUCAGAGGUUCCAGAAUUUCGAAGCAAGUCUUUUGAUUAUGGCAGUCUUUCUCCUUCAUCUACAUCUAGGCUGGAGGAGGUUAAAGAGCGUAGAAGGUCCUUCUUGGUUAGGCAGGCAUCAUUAAGUGGUGAACCCGAGACACAAGGUGGUACAGUCUUAGAUGAAAUGAGCAAGAGAACAACCUCACCAAGCAAAGUAUUUACACCUGAGGAAACCAUUGAGAAAAUAAGGUACUCUUUGGUUUCCGGUAGUCCUUUUCCACAACACAAACAAUAUAGCCCAGUGCAAGCUUCAUCUCAAUAUGCUAAACCAAAUGUCUGCAAUGUUCAAGACAUGGAUAGCAUAAUGCUUCUAAUUAAGAAAGAACCUGAAGAAUCCAAUGCAUCUGAACUUAAUAUUAACUUAAGAAAACCCCAGGAAGAUUGUUCUCAGAGUUUAGGCAAUGUUUUGUCAACGAUAGCAGUGCUUUCACACGCUCACCAAGCAUUAGCAAGUCAAACCACAUCCAGCUUGUUAGUUCCUGUCAGAAUUCAGAUGCAAGUACCAUCUUACGGAAACAUAACGUACACUAGCAUAUCUCAUAUUCUGGAUUCUCAAACAAACAAUCCUAUAUCGUGCAUAGAACACAAAACUUCCUCCUGUCAAAGUCUUGCCAUUGUCCUGCCACAAAAUAUCCUAGGUUGUGAUCUAUCUCCAGUGUCAGGGCACCCAAGGCGACUACUGCAAAGCUCACAGGCAUCACCAGCAAAGCUUAAUACAGGCAUACCUCUAUCAUUAACCUCCAAAACCAUCUCUACUACAGAGGCCCCCAGUGUUGGAGCAAACAAGCGCAUGCUCUCACCUGCAAGUAGCAUUGAACUCUUUAUUGAAGCGAAACAGCAAAAACGAGUCAAAGAUGAGAACAUUUAUGGCCAGAUUGUUGAAGAGCUUAGUGCUGUCGAGUUAGGAAAUCUUGAAGGUGAAAAAGAAAGUCCCAAGAAAGGUUUCAAAUCAGGAAGCACCCCAGAGUUGUGUGAGCCCACAGAGGUAGUAGAUAUGGAUGAGGCCAGCCAAGACUUUUACAGCAAUCCAAAGUUACAGUCUCCUGCCAUAAUUCCUCAAGAUGCUGCUAUGAUGGAGCGUAAACCAACACCUGAACACAUGAUGGCUAGUUAUCGUUCUGGAAUAGGUGCAAUGCCCUCUGCAAUCACUGGUGCUUUACUGUUCUCUAAGUUUCCAGGUCUUCACACUACUACUUGUGUGAGCUGGUGCUAUCUCAACUCCACUAAGCCAAAUAGCACCCAAACAGUUGCACAUUUCUCUGAGUAUGCCUCAUGGUUUGUGAGAUGCCAUAACCCUAACCCACCCGAUCUUAGCACUGGGAUGGUUCUUGCUCUACUCCGAUCCAAACAGGGGAGGCAGAAUACUAUUUAUUCAAUCGCUACCAUGCAUCAGCCUGGAGUACUUGUGACCUCCACCCCCUGGAGACCGAAGCAAGAACAAGUAACUCCGGACUACAGAGAGGAAGAUACAAAACAGGACGUGAGGAUAAGAGACAUAAGCCAGAGGUGCAAAUCUUUACGAGAGGAUGUUGCAUCUACCAUACGGCAAAUAGAACCAGUCCGUGUGAAGAUUUUUGAAGGAGGGUACAAGUCCAAUGAGGAAUAUGUGUAUGUGAGGGGUCGUGGUCGGGGAAAGUAUAUAUGUGAAGAGUGUGGCAUUCGUUGUAAGAAGCCAAGCAUGCUCAAGAAACACAUUCGAACGCACACGGAUGUGAGACCCUAUAUGUGCAAAUGCUGCAACUUUGCUUUUAAAACUAAAGGGAAUCUCACCAAGCAUAUGAAGUCAAAAGCUCACAUGAAAAAAUGCCUUGAACUAGGAAUUUCACCCACAGCCAUGGACAAUACAGAGGAUGCUGAUGACACCCAGAAGUCCUCUGGCAUAAUGCCAUUGGAAACUACCAUUAAACAUCAGUUCUCAGAUGUGGAAGACUCUGAUGGUGUCGAUGACGAUGAACCAGACGAUGAUGAAGAUGACGAAUGUGAUGGUGAUUCUACACCAAAAACGCUGUCCAGAAGCACAAGUCCUCAGUCCUAUGCAGUCAACAAGCCAUGUAUGUCCGGUUGUAACCCUAAACACUUUGACCCAAGCCGCAAUCUACUGAAGGAACAGCUUGAAGUUUCCUCUCAGAGUAUUGAGGAUGAUCUGACCUUUGAGCAGUCAAGCAGCUCCUUUGAGUCUUGCCCACCUCAGCUGCUGUCGCCUUGUUGGGAUUCACCUCGCCAGAGGUACAUAUCUCCAAGAGGAGAUCUCUCGCCACAACGUCACCUGUUGUCAUGCCGUGAUUCGUCUCCUUUAAGGGCCAUUUCUCCAAGGAGAGAUCUGAGCAUCAGAGGGGACUUUUCACCCAUCCGGCAGCUGUCACCUGUAAGACCUACAGGUUCGGACCCAUCGGGGCAGCGAGCACAGUCUCCGCUGGGUCGUCAUAAAGGGGUGCUCAGGGCCGUGUCUCCACGGAGGGGGUCUUAUCAGCAUAGGAGCCUCAUGGAUCCGGGAAGGAGUGUGAAAUUUCAAACUUCUGCCCUUAGACCAAUCAUCGGAAUGCACUCAGACGUGGGAAUGGAUCAAGGGGAUACUCCUCAGAAUCUGUAUUUUCCUGUUGGCCUAUGCAGCAGUAGGGAUCUGUCCACAACCCUGCUGCCAGACAUCUUCAGCCAUUUGCCUUUGCACUCUCAAGGACAGGUCCCAACACCUGUUCCGAUGAUCCCUAUUGGGGGGAUAAGAAUGCCCUCCACGUCAAUAUCUGGUGCUGCUGGAGAGAGAAAUACGCUCCCAUCAAUUCCACAGGGGAAAAUAUUAGAAACGGCUAGUUCUGGCCGGACCUCAGCCCCUGUCCUAGAUCCUGGAGUGGCUUACAGUGGAGAAAUAGCAACCUCUUCCACUGGCUUUCAUAGCAAAGAUGAUAAAAAGGAGGAGAGCGUCUACAUCUGUGCAAAAGCUAUUGCAUCCCUCAGAAUCACAUCUGAAGAUGCCGCAGAUAAACCACCUAAAAGCUGACUUUGUAAGCAUUGUAUAAUCGCAUUCAAAAGAAAAACUAAAUCCAAGCUCAGACCAGAAACAUACUUUAUGCAAGUAUUCAUACAUAGUGAAUGGUUGUGUUGAACAUACCUUACAUGCGUUCUUGUGUUGCACUGGCGGUUCUUCUGUACUGAAGGAGCGAUAGAGUUACCUCUAAGUGUCUGUGCCAUUUAACUGGAUGUGUUAUUAUUCAGGUAGCUGCUGUAAACAAGCCAAGUUUAACAAACUUUAACUAACUUGCUCAGCUAAAUUCUCAAUAGUUGACCUGAAAGAGAACAAUGACUCAGAGCGCCACCUUGCAGCUUUAUACAUUGCAGUCCGACACAUUUCAGAAGGUAAAAAUGCACAAAAUCUAAAUUGUGCAGCGUGUGCUUUUGGCCUUGGAGUCUGACCAAGAUUAUUUGGAGUUUUGGUAACGUGGGCAAAAACAAAUACAGUAAUAUGCACAACAUCUCGCGUUUUCAUUCAUUUCAAUGCACAUGCCAUAUUCUCUAUACCUGCCAUACCGAUUUUAACUAUGAAUGUGUAUAAGCUUCGAAUUGACAACAAUAUGUGCAAAAAGAAAUAUUAGAUCAGUAUUUCAUGAAAACUAUUUAAAUUGCAGAUCUGCAUCUCACAGGACAAUUUAAACAAUUCCUACAGGAAGUGCAUCAAGUCCCAAGUAAUACAAAGCACUGAUCGCAAUUCUAACUGACAUCGUCUCCAUUGACUUCUGCUUGUGCCUUUUAAGAAGAUGUUUGGAUAUCCCUCAAAGAGAGAAAGUCAUUCGAUGUACCCUAUUUAUGCACUUAACAAUGGUGGUGGUCAUAAAGGUUAACUAAUAUGAGAUAUUGUGGUUGCUUUUUGAGAUUGCACUUACAGUAUUACGUACAGUAUGUUAAAGUUUGCAUAUUGCAUUAAGCUGUGCUAUGACAUUGCCUUGUAUGCUGUUGUAUAUUUUUGCUGGCACCUUUAUAACUUAACUGCAUCAUGAGCGUUUAAGAUUAUGAACCUAAAAGUGUUGAUGAUGAAUUCUUUAAAAAGCCCUUUUGUUUAAACCUUCUCCACCGUAUAGUAUUUUUCUAAAUGUAUCAUACCUCGUUUCCUUUAAACUUUAGAUUUUUCUGCACUUAAGCAAAGAAAUGUCAUUACAAGGCAUUUUUAAUAUAGAUCUGCAUAUUAUUAUAUAAAAAGUGGUAAGUAUUGUGCAUUAAGAUGACUAUUUGAAGCACUUUCUAGGUAGCUGAUAGACUGAAUGCCGUGUCAUCAAUAUUGGAGCUCUUUUGAAUCAUUUUAGAUGAUUUUUUUUCAUUGAAUUAAUCUUGACACAACAUUCCAGUCACUGUUAAGUCAAUUAUAUGUGCACAUACAGUACAUGCACACAUAUUUACAUGUUUAUACACACACGUACAUAUUUACAAACACAAACACACACACAUAAUCGCUAUCAUGUACUGUAAUUACUUUUGAAGAGUGUCUUGUGUAGAAGUAAACAAAAAUGAAAUGGUAUAUUUGAAGGGAUAGUUGCUUUUUUCAGGUUUUUCUUGUCAUCAGAUAAAUGGGUUUGUCUGGGAACUUGUCUGACUGUUUGAAUGUAUGAAUUUUUAACCCAAGUCAUUUUAAAUGUCUUUAAAGAUAAGUGCUAUCUCAUAUUAAACAUUGGUAUCAUAUGAAGUAGCAGUCAGUUAAUGGUAUUUAUAUUAAUAGUCUGAGUAUUAAAAAAUGCUGAGAUGGUGAAUUUAAACUGAGUUUAUACUGAAGGAACUUUCAUGUCAUGUUUACAGUAUUACAUAUUAAAGAUUUUGAGGUAUCUAGUUUCAGUUUAUGGCAUUUUAGAAGUUACAACUGUUAUUUAUCUUUGGACUGGUACAUGGUCAUCGUUUAUAGAAGUUUAUGAAUGUUUCUUUUGUUUUG